GCGGGUCCGCUCCGGCUCCGUCCCCGCUCUGCGCCCCGGGGGCCGCGGCCCGCCGCCCCGGCUGCAUGCCCGCCGCGGUGUCGGCACGGCUGGAUUCGCUGGAGUCCUGGGCCUUCCACGCGCUGCUGGUGCUGCCCUAUAUGUUCUACGUGGGCUUGUUCUUCGUCAACGUGCUGAUCCUCUACUACGCCUUCCUGAUGGAGUACAUCGUCCUCAACGUGGGCAUCGUCUUCCUGCCCGAGGACAUGGACCAGGCGCUGGUGGACCUGGGGGUGCUCUCCGACCCCGGCUCGGCGCUGUACGAGACCGACAGCGAGCUGGACGUCUUCGACGCCUACUUGGAGUGACGCCGUCCCGGCGCGGCCCCGGGAUGCCCGCGCCGCCUCUCCCCUCGCGGCGCCCCCGGAA